AUGAGUUCCUCCCACGAACCAUUCUACCUGCGCUACUACUCUGGCCAUUCCGGUCGCUUCGGCCACGAGUUCUUAGAAUUCGACAUAAGGGUUGUGGGAGACGGCCGCAGUGCUGUCGCACGAUAUGCCAAUAACUCGAAUUACCGAAACGACAGCUUGAUCCGCAAAGAGAUGUGCGUGAGCGCUACCAUUGUCGAUGAGAUAAAGCGUAUCAUCAAAUCCAGCGAGAUUACCAAGGAAGACGACUCCAGGUGGCCUCAAAAGAACAAGGACGGUCGUCAGCAGCUAGAAAUUCGACUUGGGAAUGACCAUAUUUCAUUCGAGACUGCCAAAAUCGGAUCACUAGUCGAUGUCACAGAGUCAGCCGACCCCGAGGGCCUCCGAGUCUUCUAUUAUCUUGUUCAAGAUCUCAAGGCACUUGUUUUCAGCCUCAUUGCAUUGCAUUUCAAAAUCAAGCCUAUUUAA